UAACUACUGUAUUACUACAACUACACCAUUACUAGUGUCACACACACUGCACACACACAGUGAGUGAGUGAGUGAGUGGAGUGUAGUGUUAAAUAAAAUACACUCAUAUAUAAUAAUAGUGUGAUUUCACUAAUUUUUUGGUUAAUUUUGUUUCCAUUUUUUUAUAUAUAAUUUUAAACUCCGAGUAUUAAAGAUCAAAAUUUUUAGUUAAUUCAACAAAAUUUAAUAGUAAUAGUAAUAUAUUUUAGUGAUAUAUAUAUACAAUACAGUGUKUAGUAUACAGUAUUGUAACACACAAUGACCGAAAAAAUGAAGCAAUCAUCACAUCUAAUGUAAUAUAAUUAUAUAUAUAUUUAUAUAUAUAUAUACAGUGCAACAUCAUAUUGUUGUAGUGGACGCCCCCACCCGUAUACACCCACCACCCACUCACAAGAACCCACCGGCAAUUGAAAUAUGGUGUCCGUUGUCGACAAUAAUGGUGGCCGCAAAUGGUUACGAAUCUGUUAUAAUGAAUUCGCCAAUAGGUUUGUGAGACCUCGAGUCAGCCACCGAUAGGCCAGUCGUGUGUCGGGUCGGGCUUUAUAACCUAACACCCCAUCACAACACACACACACACACACACACUCCUAAUACACUCUCAUUAAUCGCUAAUCGGACCGUCCUAUCGAUUGCCGACGCAAUACUGGUUAAUCAUUGCUGUGUUGGUAGUGAUAUCGUUGUCGGUAAUCGUUUUGUUGUCUUCAUCUGUGAAUGAAAAGCAAACGCCGAGUAAAGACAUUGUUGAACUACAACAGAACAUCACCAUUGAUUAAGUCGAUGACAAUGAAACUGACAAAACAGCGAAUGACCAGACGUUACUAUGCCGGCGGUACUCCCGAGGCCACCGACGCGCUUACCGAUUGGCUCGAAGAACAAUUGGACAGCCGCGGCAUCGACGCCGUGGUUUAUACUCGAUAUAUACUUAGUCUACUGCAGGACGACAUUACUGAUGACGAAGAUGACAGCAAUGGAUCUGUUGCCACUACGGGUAUAUCAUUAAGCGAUAGUCGGUGUUCGUGUAAAUUGGAUGGACUGAAACCGGUCACAACCAAUAAAUGGAAACAUCGACGAUAUAUCAAACAAUUGAAGGCUAAUAAUAACAACAACAAUAGUAUUAUCAAUAAUAAUAAUUACGGCGAUAACGAUGAGGGCAACUGUUGGACACACUCUGAGUAUUGCAAUGCCAUGAAUGGAGAUGAAGAGCGAAAGAUGGCUGUCGUCCAGUGCUUGAAAUCGGCAUCUGAACAGGAGUUUGGUAUCGAGUCAUUUGUGGACGAAUUGUGCGCUAAACUCAAGAAACUCAAGUCAUUGUCCGAUAACACGAAUGAAAUAAAAACAGACUUACAGUCAGCUGAUGCUACAAACAAUAGUAAUAAUAAUAAUAAUKGCAUUAAAGUGUCACCAAAAGAGAUGGCCAAGAAAUACUACGCAGCCUUUCCCUCAUUGGACACCAACAGCACUGUCAAUGGCAAGAAUUCAGCGAUAAAAGUAGACACUAUUGCUAACGAAGGAAGUAAAGAGAAGAUAAAACAAAUGAUUAGGUCUAGAGAUAGGAACAAAUGGAACGGACAAAAGAUUAUUGAAUUUAUGACCAGUUCGACAGCCAAUGGAUUAUCGACUAUAAGCGCUCCACAAUUGACUACAUCUGUAGCUGCGGUCAACUCUAAAAGUCAUUUAUCAUUAGUUAGUUGUCCACUACUGGACACAGCRGCAGACAAACUAAGCAAUGAUAAUCAGUCAAUAAUGAGUGUCGUCGACGGUUCGGAUAUUAUUAAAGAUCCGAUAAAAGUGGACAAAGUUUUAUAUUGUGAAGAAAUCGAGAGCACUGUUUUAGGUAAAUGUGACAACAAAUCAGACAACACUAGUCUAGUCAACAGCACUGAGAAGACAAUUGGCAAUACAAAAGCAAAUCAAUUGGUUUCGGGAAUGGGUGGCGAAGAGAUUGAAAUUUUCCAGCGAUUGGUCGACAAGUUUAACAGCAAUAUAGCGUCGAUUUGGCCGAAAACCAGCGACAACACAGCAGUCAACUGUUUGCCGACCAAAGCGGAAAACAUUUGGAGCUUUGACUCGUCAUUCUCGUCAAAUCAAUCGUCGGCCACUCCUAGCCCUAAGUCGUGCACAGCUCCUGAUAUUUGGUCAUCGAUGUCGAUCGGUAUUAAUGAGAAACCUGUUUCGAAAAACRAUUUAUACACUUUUCAUGGCAUGAAUUGGGAAGAAAAGAUAUUGAAGUCGUUUGAAGUAUUUCCUGACGACGAUGGCUUUAUCGAUGGUACUCACGAUUUGAUUGAUGAAGAGUCCAAUUGGAUGUCUUGCAAUACAGAAAAUAAAUCAUAUCUCGAAACAGCAACUUCUUGUGCUGUCAUUUCUUUACAGAAUCACCAGAAAAACAGUCCGUUCAGACAGUUUAGUUCAUUAAGUUCAACAUCGACGCCGAAGUCCAACGAAAAAGACAACCAAUCUUCACAACUUUCAAAGUUACUAUCAAUGGUAUCACUGCUGAACAAUAAGCCCUAUAAUUUGAGUCCACCACCCGAUGAGAAUUUGUUGACAUCUCCACGAACUCACUUUCAGCCCAUAAAACAGGAUUCAUUCGAUAGGGACGAAUCAGACGAUGGCUCGAUAAUUGAUGGCACGGAUCACGAGAUUAAAAAUUUGGUCAUUUGUUCCGAUAAAUGUCCCAACAAUGUUAACAAUAAUAACUCUAUCUAUGAUGAUAACAAUGUUGUGGUUUCACUCAAAUUGCGUCCACUGUCCACAUCGUUGGACGAGUUGGCCUCAUAUAUUGGUCCAUUUGAUUACGAUUACGGUCCCAAUGAAAUUGUCUCCGCGCUGUCCAUUAGCGAUGAAUUUAGUCCCGUAUUAAAGGAAAACAAAAUGAGCGAUAAAUCGACUAACACUGAGAGAGAAGUGCAGUUGGAGGAGGAACUAAAGUUAGAGCCGAUAGUUGAGGCCAACACUCAGAUUGAAACCGAACCCGAAUAUCAGGAUUUGUAUAAUAUGAUUAACGAAGUCUUGCGUAACGGUAUUUCAGAUUCUGAAUUACUCGCUGACUGUACUAAUUCAUUAUCAACUUUGGAUGAUUGGUACGAUUCGGACUAUGAUAACAAUGGUAAUAUUGGCGGUGAUGUGGUAUUAAACUGCAAGAGUGGCGAAAAGCGGCAAUCAUGGAACUACUAUUGGGAUACCUAUGAUAUGGAUAGCGGCGAUACACCAUUGUCGACAAAAAACGGUAAUAAACCGAACACUGUGUUCACUGGUCCGCAGUAUUCGGCAUUUGCAGUCCAGGAUGUGGUAAAUGAGGCCAACGAUGACGUGUUUGACAAUAAUGAUUAUUACGAUGAUUUGCCAUUUCAAGUGGCAAAGCAUCCCGAAGAUAAAUGUAACACCAAAAGUAUUCGCAAUUACGUGGAUAUGAUAUUUAAUAAGUUAGACACAGACUCGGAACUGCAUCGUUAUAAUGGUUACGAUCCACGAGACUCAUCAUCACCUUUAGGAUCAACUUUUCAAUUAAAGCCACGACUCGCUGAUUUUGCAAAGCACCGACAAAAACCGUGUUCUUUCUUUAUCGAUGGUAAUUGUAUGAGAAGUGACUGCAAGUACUCGCACGAUAUCGGCUCCAUUACCUGCAAGUAUUGGGAGGAAGGGUUCUGUUUUAAAGCUGAAUUAUGUCCAUUUCUUCACGGAUACGCCGGUGAUGACGACAAUAGUGACAGACAGUUGUUUCCCUUAUCGACGUCGAAAGAAAUGUAUACAAUUGAAUCAGAGUCGGACUUUCCUUCACUGGCCAUCAAUGUCAACAAUAACGACGAUUACGGUGACAACAAUUCAUCAGUUGUUUCGUCGUCUGACUCGGAGUCGACAUUAGCCGCGACUAACGCCACUUCUACAGCUCUACUCGAACAACACUUUUUCAAUUUUCGGACCAAAUCGGUGUCAGACAGUACAGCCACUAACAGUCUGUCCAAAGCCAAACUGCCGAUCACUGUUGUCAUGAAGAAGAAGGUUAAGAAACGAAAGGAUCGUAAUCUGCAAUAAGUUUGUGAGAGUUAUAUAUAUAUACAAAAAAAUAUAUUGAUUUGAUCUGUCAUUUGUUCAUUUAAUUCAUUCAUUGAAUUUCAUAAUUUGCAUAUAGUUUGCAAUUAUUUUUAAAACAUCUAAAAUACUUGAAAAUACAAAUAUAUACACAUUUUUUCAUACACACACUAAUAUUGCCCGCAAUUUUUGUUUUUAAAGGCAAUAUACUAUUUUUGUCUCAUUUUUAAUAAUCAAUAAUAUUUAUCGUAUAUAUAUUUGACUUUUUAUAUAUGCCAUAAAAUAUAUGUUUUAAAAAUGAGAUCAAAAAUAAUGUGUUUAAAAAUAUGAUAUAUUUUUAAAGUUUUUGAAAUUCAUAGCACCUAAUGGUUAAUAGUUA